CCAGUGGAGUAUCAACAACCUUGCGAUACGGUGGACUUCAAAUGAGCUAUACAACUCCUAAACCUUGAAUUACGAGGAUUAUGCCUACCUCAAAGGACAGAGCAAAACUGAUAAAGGUAUGCCAAGAAAUUACCUUUUAAAAUGAAUAAGAAUUUUCAUCAAUUGUCAGCGAAGAUCUUGAAACAGUUUUUUCUUCAUUAAUAUUAUGAACACGCACAAUGCUCUUGCCAAACUGAGAAGGAAUUGCUUAUUACAAAUAUUUAGUCUAUAGGAGGACGUCAGUGAGUGCACAAUUCUAUAUGCAUAAAUAAACAAGUAUAUAUUAAGGAUGACAUGAACUGGUCAAUAUUUUAUGCUGGAACACACCUUUAAAGUUUUCUGUAUGGAGUUUCAAAAUGACACAUUCUAAGUUACGGAACGCCAGCAAUGAAGAAAUUUACUCAACGGACAACGCAACCAUUUUGGACCACUUGUAUACCAACACCAGCAACAGUACCUGUAAGAACGUUACCCUGGAGAAUGUCACCCUGGAUGUUAUCGGUGUUGGUGUCUUUCUGGCAGUAUUUAUUUUGGUGGCAAUUAUUGGGAACAUAUUGGUCAUUCUUUCAGUUCUUUGCAAUAGACACUUGCAGACUGUCACAAACUUCUUUAUAGUAAACUUAGCCAUUGCGGACUUACUCCUCAGCAUUAUCGUGUUGCCUUUCUCUGCAUCCUUGGAGAUCCUGGGAUGCUGGGUCUUCGGCCGGAUUUUCUGCAACAUCUGGGCUGCCGUGGACGUGCUGUGCUGCACCGCGUCCAUCUUAAGCCUUUGCAUCAUUUCUAUAGAUCGAUACAUUGGUGUGAAACACUGUCUCAAGUAUCCAACCAUUAUGACUGAGAGAAAAGCUGGGGUGAUACUAAUUGUGGUAUGGGUGUCAUCUAUGGUUAUUUCGAUCGGUCCACUCCUAGGAUGGAAGGAACCGCCACCUUUGGACGAGAGCAUCUGUAAAAUUACCGAGGAGCCGGGCUAUGCCAUCUUCUCCUCUCUGUUUUCGUUCUACCUCCCGCUGAUGGUCAUCCUUGUCAUGUAUUUCAGGGUGUAUAUAGUAGCCCGCAGGACAACCAAAAGUUUGGAAGCGGGCGUAAAACGGGAGAGAAAUAAAUCGAUGGAAGUGGUGCUGCGAAUACACUGUCGAAGUGUGCCGGAGGACUCUGGCACAAGCGCAAAGGGGAAAAACCAUCCGUUCCGAAGUUCGCUCUCCGUGCGGUUGAUGAAGUUUUCCAGGGAGAAAAAGGCUGCUAAAACUCUGGCCAUUGUGGUUGGGAUGUUCAUCCUCUGUUGGCUGCCAUUUUUCUUCGUUUUACCCGUUGGCUCCCUGUUCCCCAAGGUGAAGCCCUCUGAGAUGGUGUUCAAGGUCAUCUUCUGGCUGGGCUACUUCAACAGCUGCAUCAACCCCAUCAUCUACCCGUGCUCCAGUAAGGAGUUCAAGCGGGCCUUCACGCGCCUGCUGCGCUGCCAGUGCCAGAGGCGGCGGCGGGUCCUGCGGCGCUUCUACGACCAGCGCUGGCGCACGGCGGUCAGGGCGCCCGGGAGGGAGCCGCGCGGGGACUACCGGCCCGGCUUCUCCGUCAGCGAGACCUUCUCGUACCGCAGCAAGAGCCGCAGCUUCAGCGUGAGGGGCUGGAACCUCUUCCCGCCGCUGCAGAAGUCCUCCUUCCACCUGAAGGAGAAGAUGAACAACCUGUCCAACAAGAUCCGCAGCGGGCAGGGCCGCGGCACCACGCCCGCACUGGGCAGGACUGAGAUCGACACGGUCUCCAUGGGCAUCUACGAGUGCGCCGAGCAGAGCAGCUACCAGAUCUACGACCUCACCGACUGCUACAGCCUGAAGGAGACGGACAUCUAAGCCAUGCACACUGCUGCUGUGGACGCUGACGCAGAGCCUUGAGACAGCCAUGGACACUGCUGCUGUUGAUGCUGAUGCAGAGCCUUGAGACAGCCAUGGACACUGCUGCUGUUGAUGCUGAUGCAGAGCCUUGAGACAGCCAUGGACACUGCUGCUGUUGAUGCUGAUGCAGAGCCUUGAGACAGCCAUGGACACUGCUGCUGUUGAUGCUGAUGCAGAGCCUUGAGACAGCCAUGGACACUGCUGCUGUUGAUGCUGAUGCAGAGCCUUGAGACAGCCAUGGACACUGCUGCUGUUGAUGCUGAUGCAGAGCCUUGAGACAGCCAUGGACACUGCUGCUGUUGAUGCUGAUGCAGAGCCUUGAGACAGCCAUGGACACUGCUGCUGUUGAUGCUGAUGCAGAGCCUCGAGACAGCCAUGGACACUGCUGCUGUGGACGCUGAUGCAGAGCCUCGAGACAGGUAGACAGAGAGGUCUGAUUUGUAAACGUUGCCUUUUAAUGUUCAGAUAAACUACGUGUCUCUCAGAAAACUUCCCUCCUUGAUAAAGUCUUAAAAGCGGUCACUUUGAUUAAAGCACAAGGGAUAUCAGUGUGGUAUCCAUGACUGUGAUGUGUGUAAAAUGUUGAAGUAAGAAAAGAUUUGUUGUGUUUAUGGGUGAGCAGAAUGGGAGUGGAAUAUGUUGAAAUGACAAAAACUGAAUGUUUUGUUUUUUUAAAAUGCUAUUACCAAUUUACACUGCCAAGAUACAGUGUAAAGACUAUAUCACCACUUGAUGUGAAGACAGACUCUUGGCUUUCAGAGAGCUCCACCACUGACCAGCAACUUGACGGAGUGGAAAUGAAAUCUUCUGUCUUUCCACACAAAGCAAACUGUUCAUGAAAAACCAACACAAACCACAAACUCUGUAGACAUAGACAAAUGAACAUGUGGCACACUCCGGACAGACAUUUCAACACACGAGCUGUGUUCUCUUGGAUAGAUCCCCAUGUGUCCACAGAGCCAUUGGCGGGAGUGGCGUCCGUAUGACAGCUGAGCAACAGAUUAAUUUCUUGCAUCAGUUACUCCUCAGUUAUAUCAAAUUGCUAAAGGAUGCUUCCUGUUUGUAUUUCCAAUGUGGUGAUGUCUGUAUGUGUCUGAUAUAAAGUGAAAUAAAUUGAUCAAAAUGUG